UAACUUGACACUGCUUCCUGCAGUCUCUCCGUUUAACCAGCAGAAGGAAGUGUGUGUGAAUGCGUGUGUGUUUGUGUGUGUGAAGUGUGAGAAACCAGCCUUCCUUGCAACACCUCUGACCUACCUCAGAACUGUCUCCCCCAUAUUGCAGUAGGGGGUCCGCCUAACCAAGCACCAACCUGUCUGGUGUUCAAGUUUGUACUCUGUUGCCCGGCAACCAGCCCCAGCAGCCCAGCCUUGGCCGUUGCCCCUAGGAACCAGCCCAUCUCCUGGUAAUCCCCCAGCCCAGCUGCCAUGUCGACUCCCGAUCCAGUCCAUCCCACUUCGGUCCGCCUCCGGGUCUUCUCCCUCAACUGCUGGGGGAUUCGCUACCUGAGCAAACACUGUGCUCAGCGCUAUACCAUGAUCGGAGACCUGCUGGCCAAGGAGCAGUAUGACGUGGUGUUACUCCAGGAGGUUUGGAGUGAGAAAGACUUUGAUGCUUUGAGAAAGAAGCUGGCCAGCAGCCUACCGUACGGCCAUUACUUCAAAAGCGGAGUCAUCGGGAGCGGGCUGGCCAUCUUCUCCAAGCACCGGAUCCAGGACACCUUGCGCUACCGGUACUCCCUGAACGGAUACCCCUACAUGCUCAACCACGGGGACUGGUUCGGGGGCAAGGCGGUGGGCAUGGCCGUGCUGAACAUCGGCAACACCACGGCGCACUUCUACGUCACGCACCUGCAUGCAGAGUACAGCCGGGAGAAGGACUCCUACCUGCCCCACCGUGUGGUUCAGGCCUGGGAGCUGCAGCACUUCAUCCGCUACACCUCGGCCGAGGCAGACCUGGUGGUCCUGGCGGGGGACUUCAACAUGCACCCCAUGGACCUGGGGAACCGGCUGCUGAGGACCUACGCAGACCUGAGGGACGCCUACGUGGAGACCCCCAAGUUUGACGGAUGUGAAGACGGGGGCACGAUGAUCGCAGAGAACCCCAACAACGACAUGGUCCCCCCGGAGAAGGGCAUCAGGAUCGACUACAUCCUGUUCAAGGGUUCCUCCCGGCUGGAGCUCCACUGUGAGUCCAUGUCCACCACCAAGGGCAGCGUCCCGGACCACGCCUUCCCCUACUCGGACCACGAGGCCCUGACCGCUGAGCUGAGGCUGGACCGGGUCUCCCAGGACGGGGUCUCCCAGGACGGGUCCAAGGGAAUGGGGCCACUGGCCAGGGGGUCAGACCGCACCGCAGGCAAGCUGGCGGAGCUGGUGGACAUCGUGACGGAGGCGCGCACGGAGGUGAAGGUGGGGCUGCACUGCGCGCAGGGCAUGUGCUACACGGCCGCCCGCACCGGGGUCAUGGGGCUGGUGCUGCUGCUGCUGGAGCUAGCCAUCGCCGCCGUGCCCUGGCUGGCACUAGGGGCCCCGGGGCCCUUCCCCAGCGUCUCCUUCUACCUGCUGGGGGCGCUGUGCUUCCUCAUCCUGCUCACCACCGCCCUGCUGUACCUCUUCUACACCAUGGAGAUCAAGAGCCUGCAGGAGGCCGAGGACCAGAUGAGGCAGGCCGUGGGCUGCCUGCAGGAGAGGCUCCGGGGCUUCCCCCUGGCCUCGCCGGGGCCCCCGAGGCUGGGGCCCCCGGGGAAGGAGAGGAGGCCGGGCGGUGUGGGGCCGGAGGAGUGAGGGGGGGGAUGCGGAGAGGGGCCCCGGAUCGGGGAGGGGAGGAGUCCGUGGAGGAACACCGCAGCACUGAAUGUGAUGGACGCGUUGGCAGGGGGAAAACAGGUGGAGACGUGGGACUUUUAUUCUGAAAAUCAACAGGCGGAAAUGUAGGACUUUUAUUCUGAAAAUUGCACAGGUGGAAACGUAGGGUUGUGUCAUUCUGAAACACAGCCCAGAUGGAAAUGUAGGACUUUUAUUCUGAAGAAAUGCAGGACAUAGGAUGCUUUUCUGGCUUCUGUAGUUCAUAUUCACACCUAAGGACUUGCCUCUGCUUCUGUAGUCUAUUCCCAUUCUGCACGUAUUAUCGACCGGUUUAUUUGUGUAAUAAUGUUUAGGAGCCCCUUCCAUUCCAACAAAUAACACUCGUUGUCUUUUCGUUUGGGACCAAUCAUCUAAUACUUAAUUAUAUUUGCAUAUUUAUUUAUUUUCGUCAUUUAGGUAUACUAAUUAGGGAAACUCUCCAAAUAUGUAGUCAUCGAAGGAGGAAAACAUUUGUCACCUCAAUUUUGGUUAUUUACCUUAACUCAACGUUUUCGUCAGUUGCUGUUUGUUGAUUGGUUGAAAUGAGUGGCAUGUGACGUAACCGUGUGCAGCUCAACGUCUUUUCACAAAAGCCAGCAAAUCGCUUAAAGAAAUUACAAUUGCCGUCUUUCACCAGAGAUGGCGCUGUUGCUUAUGAUUUUAUCUUACUGCUAGGGCAAAUCAUUUCAUUCCCACAUCUGGGAUCUAAGUGAACACAUAUUAACUAUUUUCAAGGUAGGGAGAGGAGACAGACUGUGGUUGGCAUUCCAAACCGUUGGAAAGACGUGUGUGUGUGUGUGUGUGUGUGUGUGUGUGUGUGUGUGUGUGUGUGUGUGUGUGUGUGUGUGUGUGUGUGUGUGUGUGUGUGUGUGUGUGUGUGUGUGUGUGUGUGUGUGUACUUCCAAAUAAUGGGCAGAAUGGGCAGCCUUUCCAUGAGUCUUGGUAGGAGAGUCCAGACCAUCUGUAGUCUUCUAUCAUCACAUGCAGCACUUAGACAACAGCCUGGAGAGGGCAGGACAGGGCAGGGCAGGACAGGACAGGACAGGGAGAGUUGACGGAUGCAAUGUGUUGAUGUAGGGUGGAAGUCUGUGAGGUGGUUGGAUUUCUUUGUCUGGUUUGACCUGGAGUGAAACAUUUGGUGUGUUGAGGCUGUCCUCCAAAAUGGGAGGGCCUAUUCAAACAGCAACGGAUGUAGCCAAGUCGUUUUUAUGGUUUAGUUUGACUCCUCAUAUUUUACCAGUGUUCUACUUUGGGGAUGAAUGUUUGGAGCUUUUUGGCAGCGUGUUGGGGUAACAUUGACUGGUCCAGUGAUUAUAGAUUGCCUGCAAAUCGAGAGAUUCAUCCAAACGAUGUUUGGUGGUUUGGAGCAGAGCCAUUUAGAUUUCUCUCUAAAUAGCUCUGGUUUGGAUAUGACUUUGGAGUGGGCUCAGUAGUGCCCCCUGGUGGACCCCUGCUUGUGGGCUUAACGAAGAAGGCCGAUGGCUAUGUCCCGGGUUGCAUGUAGUCAGUAUUUGGGUCGUGUAGAUCCGAGGACGUUGUCAGUGGGGCUGCUUCGUUAUCUGGAUCAGGCUCGGUGUACUGUAAGAGGUCUUACUGCCCAGUAUAUGCGCUGAGACGAAUAGCGAGCAUUCUUUCAAUAGGUUUUCCGGUGUUACUGAUGGGGCUAGGGGGGCUGUAGUGAGGCGGUCAGUUAGUGGGGAGUCGCGGGCUUGGUGGAUUGUGCCUGUUUCCGUUAUCCCUGGUGCAGGGACUAACCUGCGGGGGAGAACGUUGUGAGGAAGCUUGUAUCGGAAUGUGAUACUUCCGAUAAGUAGACGGUUGACUUUAUUGUGACCGGGGGCCAUGUUUUCAUCGUGGCCCGGCUUCACCUCCGGUCUGGUGAUGACCUUAAUGAGUGGAUGAUGCUGUUUGCGAUGCGUUCUUAGUUCGCUACUGAACCAGGAGCUACCAGGGGACAGCACCUCUGCCUGUCCUCUCUUUGCGUGAUGUCAUGUUCAGGGAGACAUCACCCAAUGGGGUUUAAUAGUCGUCGUUAUGCCUAGAACGCAGGAGGAUAAUCAAUCAUCAUCAUCGUUGUCACAUUGAAGUUAAUACGUUGAAAAAUAAUGAAGUUAAAUAGUUUAAAUGUGUACGUCGUUCUCCAUUCAAAACUGUAACGGCACUUAAUUAUGUUUCCUUAUUCCUCGAAUACUGAAGUUUAUCUGAGACUACGCCUUUAUUAUAACGGAUGCCGAAGAACAAGGAGGAACAACAAAAUACUAUUUAUGAAAGGCGAGAUGGAGACACGCUUUGUUUAGAAAAUUACUAACAAUGUUUGCUUUUCAAAAUCAAUUACAACAAUAAAAAUACCGAUAUAUCAAUGAACAGACCAAUUAAACGAGCGUUAAUGUUAUUCACAAAAACAGAGUUGCAAUAACAUAUUUACUGUUACUCAUGCUGAAUCACUUAUAAUUAAAAUACUUAAUUCUGUGAUUA